AUGUCUAUCACCAGCGAUCAAUGGGCCUCCCAAUUCUACCACCAUCCCCACGGCGGCGCCUCCCCCUCUUCCGCCACCACCCACCACGGACCCAAUACCAACACUAACUCCAUUUCCAAGCCCAGACGCCGCUCCCGAGCUUCCCGUAAGGCGCCGACGACUCUGCUCAACGCUAGCACCGCCAAUUUCAGGGACUUGGUGCAGCAGUUCACUGGGUUUCAGGCCGCCGGCGCCGCCUUGCCUUUGGGCAGUCAUAAGGGUCCGGUCAACCUCAGUUUCGGGCAGGCUGGAGAUGAUCACCUCCAUAACAACCACUCUUCUGUUAUGCUCCCUUUCUCCGACGGCCAAGUUUUUCAGCUCCGACAGACGUCGCCGGAGCACCGGUUCCCCAUCCCGGUGCAAAAUAAUGGGUUUUCACGGCCGGCGGCGGAAUUGAUGGAAAUUCAAAAUCUGAUUGAUGAGGAUUUUAAUUACGAUCUGCAGGAAUUGGGGAUGGAGUUCUCUUCUUCCAGUGGGAAUGGGAAUUACGGCGGUGGGUACUUCCAAUGA